CUAUCGGUUGAGCAACCUUGACUUAAGAUGGUUGAGGUAUGUAAAUCUGCGCAUGCGUGAAUCUCCAGUUGAAGUAGGUGAAGUAGGCAUGCCGAUGUGGCGUUGCAACUGGUGAGAAGCCAGUAAUAUAAAAUUAUAUGAUGGGCAUUUUAUUGUUCAUGCUUUUCUUUGCCGGUAGUUUUGUCCAGGCAGAUGAAGACGAAAGGUUGCCAAAUAAAUGUGAAGUAUGUAAAUUCCUAACGGUGGAGCUUCAGGGAGCCCUGGACAAAAGUGGGAGGUCUAAGGAAGUUUUGGAAGUGGGGGAGGUGUUAGACACUGGUAAACGCAAGCGCAAGAUCAAGUACAACACUUCGGAAACGCGACUUACAGAAGCUAUGGACAACAUCUGUGAAAGAAUCCUUCAGUACAGCGUUCAUGCAGAGAGACCUGGAAGUCUCCGAUAUGCAAAGGGUGCAAGUCAGACCAUGACCACCUUGAAGAACUUGGUGAACAAGGGGGUGAAGGUGGAGCUUGGUUUACCGUAUGAGCUGUGGGACGAACCGUCUGUGGAGGUGGCAGAUAUGAAGAAACAGUGUGAGAUCAUGCUGGAGGAGUAUGAGGAAGUGGUGGAGGACUGGUAUUUCCAUCACCAGGGGCAGAAGUUGGAGAUGUUCCUCUGUGGCACCCAUGUACUGAAGGACUCUGACCAGGAAUGUCUGAAGGAGAUGUGGAAGGGCGAUAUGGGAACAAAGGGAUCGGAGAGCGAGGAGGUUGCUAGUGAGCCGAAAGUGGAGAUGCAUGAUGCCGGAGAACUUUGAGAAGGCAUGGGACAAGCUGACUGACAGACAGGGAAAUCAUACCAAGCUCCUCCUUCCAUCCUAAACAUCAGCCAUUUGCAGCCCAGGGGUGGCUGACCCUAAUCCUAACCCAGGAUCCCCUGGGUUGCUCUCUCGUGCCCUUGACGUAGCUGGUAAACCUGGAUAUGCACCGCUAGCAGCCUGUCCCAGGAUCUCCUCCAUGAUCCAUGUCAGAUGAGAUGUAGAUCAGCCAUCUGAAGGCUGGUAGCCUCCAAGGAGGUGUUCUGUGACCCUUCUUCUCUGCAUGAUGGGCUGCCGGCUGGACAUCAGGUCUGGGGGACUCUGAAGCAGCAGUAAGUGUUAGUGGCAGUGUGCAUGGUGCUCCACCAACCUUCUCAAGACGUUUUUAAUGAUCACCUAGUGGACAAUUUUAUAAACAUUUGAUAAUAUUUUUUCUUGUGCUCAUGGAAUGUGUACUACUUUAUAUUAAAGGCAAUAAUGAACAUUCUUUGUUUAGUUACCACAUGGUGGCGCCAAAUUUUAAAUUUUAAAAAGCCACGUUCACAAACGAACGAAACCGUCGCAGCCAGGUUUCUUGAAAAUCGGUUCUUUAUGAACUUCAAGUUUCAAGUGUAUAACAAACGCUUUAGGUGACAUCCUAUUUUGGUUUUAUCAUCCUUGAAUCAAAACAGUGUUUUCUGCUAACAAAUUUGUUCCCUUCAAUGCUUUUUUCAAACGCAGAAAUGCCAAACAGCAAACUGUUAAAUUUAUUUGUUAGGCGUCUGAGAAAUAACAACGAUGAAGUAAUGAGGAACCCUGAAAGUAAUUAACAGAUUGAUGUGAGUGUAAUGUUCUUUCCCAAAAGUGUUAUUUUAUGUACAUGAUACUCAAGUUCUCAGCUGAGUCGUUUUGGUUUCGUGAUUUAAAUGUUUUAGACAACAAAGCUUCAAAAGAGACUUAUUGAAAAAGGUAAGGGAGAGUGAUGUGACUAUGAUAUGAAAAAUCAGUUUUAAAAUAUGCUUGGAAGACAAAACUCUCCAGUGUAGCAUUUUUAAGCCCCAUCAGACAAUUGUCCCAUCAGGACUGAAAUGUUAAAAUGCAUGCAGCUGUCUUUGGGAGAAUGUUGAAUUGCUGAUGAGCUGAUACAGACCAACACUGAUGCGUUUAAUAUUUUUUGCCAGGAGAAAAGUAUUGAAACUUAAAUGAGCAAUUUUCUCAUUCCUCUGAGACGACGUGGCCCACUGUACCCCUGUAAUGGUUUUGUUUUCCCACGAAAAGUUUGUUGCCUCCCCUUUCGUAACACUGUCUCACAACUGAUGUCGCUGCCAAUAAGAAACUGUAAUGUCCUGUUAAAACCCAAGACUCAAUAUACGCUGCAAUUGAAUAUUUUUGAUUAUUUGUUAGGAAUAUCUUAUUUAGCUUUUUAUUGCAUUAAAAUGUAUUUUAUUUACUGACA